AUUCUCUGACGUAAUUAAUCUAACCAUUCGCUCACAGGCGUUGCCCUCGGCACUAGAUAAGGGAUCCCAUCAAUGAUUGGACCGCUCCCUCCUCAAUUAAAAAUGAGAAUUUCGAAAAUUUUGGCAACUUCCAUGAUGAUGACUGUCCUGGCUCAAUCUACAUCAGCGCAAAACAUAACGCUAUUUGAUUUCACAAAAGCGGAUAACGUGCACCAGUGGAGUGAGAUAUCGGAUACAGUGAGGACAGUGGGAAUGUCGAAGGCUGCGUUAACACUUCAAAAGACUCAAGUAUUUCAAAGAGGUGUUUUCUUUACACUUUUGAACCCACAGCCAAAUGGAGCUGGUUUUGCUGGUGUGAGAGCUCCCACGAACUGGAAUUUGACGGACUAUCGUAAUAUCGAGAUCAAGUGUCGAGGACAAGGUGCCAAUAGCCAUUAUAAAGUCGUAUUGAGGCACAAGGGACUCAGCCAAAAUGACGAGAUCUCUUACGAGCAAUUUUUUACGGUUCCACUGUUGAUGGAGGAAUUUUCGACGAUAAGUCUUCCUCUCGUUGACUUUAAACCCUAUUUCCGGGGGCGUGAAAAACCAGACGCAGAGCCUCUGGAUACAUCGAGGAUAACAAUGUUUGGACUUCAAGUUUACGGUGGUGUUUACUCGACAUUUAAACAGAAGGGAGUGUCAUCACUUGAAGUUGAGACAAUUGUUGCAACAACGUAGAUGCACAAGGAAACACCAUUAUUUUUCUAUCUAACGGUUCUCUUGUGUUUCGAAUUCUUUUGUCUAUUCUGGAUUAUUUCUGUCCAUUGUUCUCGUCCCCGAACAAAGAAUGAAAUUUCAGGGAUAAAAAGGAAGGACGUUGACACGAAAAUGUGAGACGAGAUUUGGAAUUUUAUACUCUAUCGAUAAAAUAUACUCGUAAUAAUUAA